ACAGACGUCUCAUCAUCACCAUCUUCAAUCUUCAUCUUCACACGAUUGUCAAUAGUGUGUGUCGACAGCGCAACGCAUACAGCCGCAAUGGCCGGCUUCGGAAAAGCCACCGAAGGCAUCACGCCUUAUCUGCUGUUCCUCAUCGCCACCGCGACAGUGGGCACACUUCAAUACGGCUUUCACUUGGCUGAGCUGAAUGCUCCCGAAGAUGUCAUGACUUGCAGAAGGAAAUCGAUCUUUGGGGAUCCUGACAAGCCCAAUGACCCUGCCAACUGCAUACCCAUGUCAAAGGCGGUUUUUGGUGUCGUCACCUCCAUCUUUACCCUCGGAGGCUUGAUCGGGGCACUCUAUUCAGGGCCUCUGUCUUCGCGUCGAGGUCGGCGGCCAACACUGAUAUUGACUGCUGGAGUUUACGCCAUCGGCUCGGCCAUCGAGGCGCUGGCGCCGGCUGUCUGGGUCCUCUGCAUUGGACGUGUCAUAUCCGGCAUUGGAGCAGGUGCCGCGACCGUUGUUGUCCCCCUAUACAUUAGUGAAGUCGCACCUCCAGCGCAGCGCGGCUUCUUUGGCGUCAUGACGCAAGUAUCUAUCAAUAUUGGUAUCCUCAUCGCUCAGAGCCUGGGAUACUUUCUGAGCUCGGACGGAUGGUGGAAAAUCAUCCUCGUUGUUGGCGGAGCGCUGGGCCUCGCGCAAGGGUUAGGCUGCUUUUUUAUGCCAGAGACGCCGGCCUGGCUCGCCUUGAAUGGAAACGGAGCGCGGGCUCAUGUGGUGCUCAAGAAGAUCCGCGGUAAGGGUGCGGACAUCAGCUUGGAGACUCGGGAAUGGAAUGUCGACAAUAGUGCUCCGGACGAGCAGGACCGGCUCCUUGCGACGACAGACAACGACAGCCGGGUUUCGGCCCUCUCGAGCUCGCCUGCGCACCUUGGAUUCCUCGACGUGGCCAAGGAUCAUCGUUCUCGGCCCGCCAUCAUCGCUGUGGUCGGCAUCAUGGCAGCCCAGCAGUUUUGUGGCAUCAACUCGAUCAUUAUGUAUUCGGUAUCGCUACUCAAAGGCCUGCUUCCGAUCCACGCCGCACUUCUCACGGUCAUCAUAUCGGCAGCGAACCUGGUGACCACUGUGGCGUGCUCGCCCCUACCAGAUCGCAUUGGCCGCAAAACUUGUCUACUGAUCUCCACUAUCGGACAAGGCAGCAGUUCGCUUGUCCUGGCUGUCUCCAUCAUCUACCACAUCAAGUGGCUUUCGGCUGUGUCUGUGUUGUUCUUCGUGGCAUUCUUUGCAGUUGGACUAGGCCCAGUCCCCUUCAUUUUGGCAGCCGAGCUCGUGGAUACAGAGGCGGUUGGUGCUACACAGAGCUGGUGCUUGGCUUCCAACUGGAUCGCGACAUUCGUGGUCACACUCCUCUUCCCAAUCAUCAACACCCAGCUCAAGAAAGCGACCCAUGGGGAUGGCCAUGUGUACUUUAUUUUCGCGGGACUAGCAGCUUUGUCCGCAGUAUUCAUUUUCUGGAGGGUCCCAGAGACCAAAGGCAAGCGCAGUGCGAAUGAGGUCUGGGGCCGGGAACAUCGUAACGCUUGAGUUACCAGAAGAU